GAUCCUCAUGAGAGCGCAGAGAGGCACUUUUCUGCCCCGCAGAAUCCCUACAACCAUCAUCAUUCCGGCUCGGAGAGCCCGCAGUGGAGUGUAAGACCCUCGGCUGCUGAGAGAUGUCAGAGCCAACCCCGGCGCGCACACGGCCCUGCAGGGAGCUCGGAGCUGCGUAGAACCGAGAUCUCUCUUUGUAUUCGACCCUCUCUGGAGCGGACAUAAAAAACCGGGAGUAAAUAAAAGGAUUUCUUUAUUGCCAACUUGAAUCGAAGUCGUCUUGAUCCAGUCCGAGUGCGGCCAUUCGCUCAAUGUCAUCAUGAUCAUCCUCUCGUCGCGCAGUGUACUGCUGUCAGUCUACUACCCGCAGAUCUUCCUGAUUCUGACGAGCGGCAGCUACCUGUGUGUAUGUGGGUUUGUGUAUGUAUGGCUGUGUGUUUUUCUUUCCCCGGCAGGGCCCUGUCCUCGGUUGUGGCUCUGGGUGCCAACAUCAUCUGCAACAAGAUUCCAGGCCUGGCACCUCGCCAGCGAGGCAUCUGCCAGACCCGGCCGGACGCCAUCAUAGUUGUGGGCGAAGGUGCCCAAAUGGGCAUCAAUGAGUGUCAGUACCAGUUCCGAUAUGGACGCUGGAACUGUUCAGCGCUCGGAGAGAGAACGGUCUUUGGGCAGGAGCUUCGAGUAGGCAGUCGGGAAGCAGCUUUCACCUAUGCCAUCACAGCAGCAGGGGUGGCCCAUGCAAUCACAGCCGCCUGCAGCCAGGGCAACCUGAGCCAGUGCGGCUGUGACCGGGAGAAGCAGGGCUACUACAAUCAGGAGGAGGGCUGGAAGUGGGGAGGCUGCUCGGCUGACAUCAAGUAUGGCAUCGAGUUCUCGCGGCGCUUUGUGGAUGCCCGUGAGAUUAAAAAGACGCCCCGUCGCCUGAUGAAUUUGCAUAACAACGAGGCGGGCAGAAAGGUCCUGGAAGAAAGGAUGAAGCUGGAGUGCAAGUGUCAUGGCGUCUCUGGGUCCUGCACCACCAAAACAUGCUGGACGACGCUCCCAAAAUUCAGAGAGAUUGGCUACGUACUCAAGGAAAAGUACAAUGAAGCUGUGCAUGUGGAGGUUGUUCGGGCUAGCCGGCUUCGCCAGCCCACCCACCUCAAAGUAAAGCAGACUCAGGGCUAUCGCAAGCCUAUGGAGACAGACCUUGUUUACAUUGAGAGGUCACCAAACUACUGCGAGGAGGACGCAGCCACGGGGAGCGUGGGCACCCAGGGACGCUUAUGCAACCGCACAUCGCCACACACAGAUGGCUGUGACCUCAUGUGCUGCGGUCGUGGCUACAACACGCACCAGUACACCAAAGUGUGGCAGUGCAACUGUAAGUUUCAAUGGUGCUGCUUCGUGAAAUGCAACACGUGCAGUGAGAGGACGGAAGUUUUUACCUGCAAAUAAGGCUGCGAGGAAUGUCUUCAUCUGCAGGUGAAAUACCAAGGACUUGUUGAUUAAAGAUCCAACCGAGCGAUGUGACCGCACUUCUGUAAGCCGUGAGAGACUGUACGACUAAACAAAUGGAAUUUCCUCUAUCAGCUCUCCUUGGCAUCGUUUUGCACAGCAGAAUCUAUCUAAUUGCUUUUAAAUAAGUAAUUGCUAAAUAUCAGUAGGUAAUAUCCCAGAACUUUACGGUCAGAUAGAGAUUGUGCUCAUGUACUGAUGUUGGGACUACCCAUAAGGACAAAGGCUCUGACAGGAAACUGUGCUUUGCAGCCUGGGAAAUAUGUGCGUCCAUAUUUGAAAGCAUUGCAAGGAGAGGAACUCAGAAAAGCAUGAACAUUAAAGAAAACCACAGCUUGCCACAGCUGAUUUGAAUUGACUGGAAAAGAUCUUUUAAAGUUUAAGGACCUCAUAAAAACAAAGUUUCUAGAUGUUGUUGUGUUUCCGCUAAAUUAAUUGAAUCUUGACUCACACCCUCUAGAUUGUCUGGGGCCGGUGUUAGAGGCCGAGAAAUGAAGAACAUUUUGUAAAUGUGGUGCCAUGGGUUGCACCAAAGUUUGAGUGGAGAACCCUGUUAAACCCUUUGCUGCCAACUGGAAUAUGGUGGAGGAUGUUAGUUUUCCAGUAACACUGGAACUGUCUGUUCUGAACACUGAAAAUAAAUGGUCUAUUUAUGUUAUAGUAUCGUAAAACAAAGCACUAAUGGGUAGAGAUGUCUUUUUUUUGUACUAAAUGCAAUGAAAAAUACUUCUAAGAAAUUAUUAAAUUACCACACUAUUUCUAAAGCACCACACAAUCUUUUAGUAAAUAAAAGAGCAAAGUUUUCAUUGCUACAGUUGUGUUGACAGCAAAAUACAUCAUUGCAGAUUUGAUAGUUUGAUGUUUAAUUUUUUCCUAAGGUGACAUCUGAAAUUUUUUUAUUUAGGAAAAAAAGCAAUAAAACAA